UUCUAUCUUGGCACGCUCGGUCUUGAAGCCAAAGAUGCCUAUCUCCAGAGGAAAAUUCAUUAGGAGCAACUCCAACGAGGCCAUCUUCAUCAACCCCGUGUUCAGGAUGCCAGCCAAGCAGGUUUUCUACACUCCCAGUGUCUACGGUGGAGCCGGAGGAUGGGGCACUCGGAUUUCUACCAGCACGACCCAGAUCCAAUAUGGCGAGGGCCUUGGCGCGGGCAAGUUACUAACCGGCAACGAGAAAGGCACCAUGCAAAAUCUGAAUGACCGCCUGGCUAACUACCUGGAAAAGGUGCGCUCCCUCCAGCAAGCCAACUCUAAACUGGAAGUCCAGAUUAGGCAGUGGCACGAGAAGAACUCCACUCCACUGGGCCGAGACUACCGCUCGUAUUACAAGGCGAUUGAGGAGCUCCAAGAACAGAUUAAGAAUGCCCAAAUAAACAACGCUCAGUUGGUCCUGCAGAUGGACAAUGCCAAGCUGGCGGCAGAAGACUUCAGAAUCAAAUAUGAGACUGAGCUAGGAAUGCGCCUGUCAGUUGAGAACGAUAUCCAGGGGUUGAACAAAGUCACCGACGACCUGACCCUGAAGAAGGCCAGAUUGGAAUCGGAGAUCGAAAACCUGACCGAGGAGCUGGUUUUACUCAGGAAGAACCAUGAGGAGGAAGUUGAUACCCUGCGCAAGCAUCUGGGGGCCACCGUCAAAGUGGAAGUGGAUGCGGCUCCCGGCCCAGACCUUGGGGCCAUCAUAAAUGAGAUGAGGGACAAGUACGAAAGCUUGGCCAAGAAGAACAUUCAGAAGGCCAAGGAGCGCUACGAGACCCAGACGAUCGAGCUGGAGACUCAGAUCACCCUGAACAAUAGAGAACUGGAGACCAGCACGACCCAAGUCAAGGAGCUGAGACGCAAGUGUCAGAACCUGGAGAUGGAGCUGCAGUCCCUGCUCAGCCAGAGAGAUUCCCUGGACCUAACCCUGGCGGAGACCAACACCCGUUAUGAGGCCCGGCUGGCCCAGCUGCAGGCAGUGCUCAAAGCUUUGAAGGACCAGCUGAUCCAGGUCCGCUCGGAAUCAGAGAAGCAGAGAGACCAAUUCAAUACCCUUCUGGACGUCAAGAACCGGCUGGAGCAGGAGAUUAUUACUUACCGCCGCCUGCUAGAGGGAGAGGACAUAGUAACUUUGGACAGUGAGACAACUACUCUGGAGGAAAGAGAUGCGAAGAAAAUCCGGAAGAUCAGGAUGGUGGUAGAAGAAGUGGUGGAUGGGAAGAUUGUCUCAUCCAAGACCAAGGAGAUGGAGGAGACUCUGGAGAGUGGACAGAUGAUUUCCUCUCACACACCCACAGCAAACCUUGAAUCUCUUAAGUUUUAAGUCCCUUUCCCUGGGAGACACAUCUUGCCCUAUCGGCAAAAAGAAUGUCUCUUCUCUUCCUUACUUCUUUCUGCUGUCUUAGGUUUUGAGCUUUUUGUGGGCCAGGGUACGACUCUAACGUAAUGAACUUAGACUUUUCUCCAGACUUUAGUGCCCUCCCCUCAGUAGGUGCUCAGUAAAUACUACUGAGUGAAACUUGAAGAUCACCACGGGCAGGGAACGGGUCACCCGACUCUU